CCGACACUACUGGCGGAUUUUGCAAGAGUUUGAGUAUUGGGCCUAGUUUAACCUACCGGUUUGUUUUGGCUGCGGUCUCCCACGGACUACAAUAUCUGACGGAUUCAUUUUACCUGGCUGCCUGGUUUUCCGGCGUCUUCCCCUGUGAUGUUGUCUGGUAGGACCUGUGUACUGUUCGUGUUUGCCUGGACUCUCAUGUCGUUGGUCCAUCGACCUGGUUUUGGCCUUUACCAGUAUACAGCUGAUGCGCUCCUCCGACUUCGCUUUCACCUGGCUGCUCUACCGCCGGCUGUGCUUCAUCCUUACACGGACAUCGCAUUUUUCCCUCGCCGAAAGUAUAUUCAUCGGGGCUCUCGCCGGAACUUUCAUUAUGACAACGCCAAGCCAAUACAAUCUUUCUGGUCCACUUCUCGUUGUUCUCCACUGAACUCUGACCGGGCUGUUAACCACAGUGUAUUAGCCAGCCUGGCCAGGUCGGCUAACACUUUCGCCAAAUCUGAUAGCACCUGUGUCAACUUCGGUCUGCUUAACAUCCGCUCGCUUACGAGCAAGGGACAUCUCGUUCAAGACCUCCUCACCGACCUUGCCAUUACAUUAAAAGGAACAUUGUUUUAUAAACCAAAUUGUAAACAUGGAUCCCCGUUUAAAAGCGGCUUUGCUUUUUCAAGACAAAAUUAUACGGCGGUGCACACUACCAUGCCGGGACAAGGUACAUUGUCACCCGGACUUGGCUUCCUCCCUACAACUGUGAGCCACUUCAAUCCCUUCCUGAAGCUUGCAGAGAAUAUCAGUCCAGGGGAGUGGUCUGAAAUGAAUGGCUUUGAGUUGGAGGGGUUUCCAAGCCAAGACUUUGAGGUUGACUGUGGAAUCUACAUGUUGAUGUUAGACAUGCCGAAAUUGCGGAAAUGGUGGUGCCUGCUGCUAAUGGAAAACUUCGAUCUCCGAAGUUAUGGGAAGGUAUUUGCACACUGGACAAAGGAAUCAGAGGCUGUGCUGAGAGGUGAACAUGCACCUGUAUUCAGACUAAGAAAGCGCAAAUCUGUGGAACUUAGCCUGAAACCAGCAGAAGGGAUGUGCUGGAUGGAGACAACAUAGAAUCCAAGGAGCCAUUCCUCUUUGGUUUUCAGGUCCAAGAGGACAUGGAAUUAUUUUUACAGGCCUGUGUUGACCAGCGGGGCCUUCGGGUUAAUGCUGUCUGUUAUAAGAAUGAUUAAAUUACUGGCACAUGA